UUGACUGUCUAUUCCCGGCAUAAAUACUGCCUGAUUUGCUGAGUUCUUCCGCUAUUUCCUGCGUGUUGCCUAUACUUAGAGUUUCACCGGUCAUUUUUUUUUUCUCCAUACUCUUCCGAUCUUUCUGUGGCACAACACUCUUGUCAGCUGACGUACAAUUCCCAUUCCCUGUCCUCUGCACCCCGCCGUCAGUUCUCGUAGUUUUCUUUAUGGAUGUAUGAGUCUCUUUAAAUGCUUCCCGAUAUUUAGUCGUUACUUUCUCUCACAUCUGCAUCAUUUUGUGUCGCAACAACUCGCCUCUCCGGCGCUGGACACCGUCCUGCCACGGCAACCCACGCCGGCAGCCCAGCGGCUCGGGACCCACGCCCGCCCUCACACCCGAUUGGCGCAGAGGGCAGGGGCCGCUGGGUCGGCUGACGCCAAGCGGGCUCCCCAUUGGUUCUCGCCCGAGUGACAUCGGGCGGCGGCGCGCAGGCCCCGAGACGGUUGACGGUUCGCUGGCGGAGCGAGCUGCCUCCGUUUCCGGUCGGUGGCCCAGGGCAGCAAGGAGCCGGAGGGGGGCGGGGUGCGAUCGCAGGGCGGGGCCAGGGCGCAGGCGCGAGGCGCGGUCCGCUGUCGGAAGUCAGCGUCGGACAAAGAAAGCGGUGCUGCGGGACCGCCACCGAACAGAAUUUCAGCUGAGGGAGGCAGAGUGAAACAAUGGAUCCUGAAAGGCCACCUGAAACUGUCGGUUUGAACACCAGAGAGAGUGAAGAAGAUCCAAAGAAGCCUGCAGGUUCUAAGGAGUUACCGCCAGCACCGGCAGAGUCUGAGUCAGAGCCUGCCGAUAUCAAAAAAGAUGAGGAGGGACAGAAGAGUGCAAAGGAAGAUGAAAGACAACCAUCGCAGCCGCAGACCAAGACAUUGGAAGAGAAUUUCCAGACAGGAGACUCCAAUGAAUCAUCGCAUCAAGAUCCACCUGAGUCGCUUGAUUCUUCAGGCCAAGAAUGUCAUCGUCCAUUGAACACGGAAGGAGAAAUGUUUGUCUGCUCUGUAUGUGGGAAGCGAUUUAAAACAUUAGUAUGGAUGGAAAAGCACCGAGACACACACACAAGAGGAAGAGUGUUCCAGUGCUCUGACUGUGGGAAGAGUUUUAAUCAGUUACAUAGCCUGAGAAAUCACUGCAACAUUCACAGCCACGAAAAACCGUACACGUGUUCUAUAUGUGAUCGGACCUUCAGUGGGUCAGACAGCUUGAUGAUGCACAAGUGCAAUGACACAGGAGAGCAGCCCUAUAAAUGUGGCGUCUGUGGGAAGGGGUUCAGUUACCCAUCCAAGCUGGAGACUCACUGGCGCAGUCACACAGGAGAAAGGCCCUUCAGCUGCUCAGUGUGUGGAAAGAGGUUCACUCAGACUUCCAACCUUCUGACUCACCAGCGCAUUCACUCUGGGGAAAGACCAUUCACCUGUUCAGUGUGUGGAAAGGGAUUCACUGGUUCAUCCAACCUGCAGAUACACCAGCGCACUCACACAGGGGAGAGGCCAUUCAAUUGCUCUCUGUGUGGGAAGGAAUUCACUCAAGCAUCCAGUUUACUUACCCACCAGCGUAUUCACACUGGGGAGAGGCCAUUCACCUGCUCCAUGUGUGGGAAGGGAUUCACUCGGUCCUCACAUCUACUGACUCACCAGCGCAUUCACACUGGGGAGAGGCCUUUCACCUGCUCUGUGUGCGGGAAGGGGUUCACUCGGUCCUCGCACCUGGUGACACACAGGCGGGUUCACACUGAUGACCGACCCUUUAAAUGCUCUGAGUGUGGAAAGACAUUUAAAGGCUCUGAAGAACUUAUGAAACAUCAACGUAUUCACACUGACGAAAGGCCAUGUGGUUGUACCCUCUGUGGGAAGAGGUUCAGGCAGUUGUCUCAUUUGCUUACUCACCAGCGAGUUCACACUGGGGAGAGACCAUUCAGCUGUUCUAUAUGUGGGAAAGAAUUUACUCAGUCCUCCCAUCUUCUAAGGCAUCAACGACUUCACAGUGGGGAGAGGCCUUUUAUCUGCUCCACAUGUGGCAAGGACUUCACCCAGUGGGCUGACUUGCUGACACAUCAGUGUACAGCGAACAAUCAGGCACAGGCAAACACAGAACCAUUGGUCUUCCUUCAGUUCCAGGUAUAACUUCAUUAAUUAUCAGAAUGGAGUCAACAUUUUCUAAGAACCCAGAGGUGCUGAAAGUCGCCAUAUGAAUGCAGCUUUCUUGUUCAGAUUCAACAAGUUGUAUUUCUGCAGUGCCUCUGAUGUUUAAUCAAAGAUCCCAAGGUCCUUAUAGUUAACAAGUACUGAAUAAUUAGGAGAAAGAGAGUAGGCCUGAAUAGGGACACAUGUUUUGAGAAGGGUUUUGUUUAGGAAGAGAAUUCUCAAAUGUAGGACCCACAUGUGUAAAGAGCAGGCCCCAGUCAUGAAGCAGAGGAAGGUGGCAACCAUAAGAGGGCAGAAUCGGGAAUGGGGCAUCUGUAGGAAAGUUGGACUGGAGGUGUAGCUAGCACUGAGGAUUUGAAAUGUUUUGGUUUGGGAAGCCAGUGGAAGUCAAUAAUAAAUGGGAGAAAGGAAAUCUUUUCUGUCUGCAUAAUGUGAAUACAAUUGAGACUGAAUCCACAUCAAAAAAAUGUGAAUAGAAGGAAAAAUGGGAAGUACAGGCAAAUGUUAUUAAAUGGUGAGGCACCUCGUGGAAUGUAAACAUCAGCCAGACCAAAUGGCCUUUUUGUAAUACAUUGUGGGUAAAAACAAAAAAUACCCAGUGAAUGAGUUCACAUGAGGUUGAUCCUAUUUUUGUUCUUGCAUGCGCCUCUUUGAGGCACAUCAGGACAGUUUUCCUCCAUUAUUGGCACAAUAGAAAUGCAAAUUUCUUAAGUUCCUGAUGCAAUUUCUUCAAGGAAGUGAUUCUGAUAUCUGUACAAACAGUGUACCUUGACUUCCAGGUUUUUGUCAAAGGCAUUAUGUAAAGAACAAAACUGGGAAUUUCAAGGCUGGAUAAGAAUCUGACUGAUUGGAGGAGUUGUCACGUUGUGAGAAGUUCUAAAUGGAUUCUACAAGGGCUUCAAAUUGGAACGAUUGUUAUUGCUAAUUUCCAUUGAUGACUUGGAUUCAAAAUGUCAGUGCAACAAUUUGGAAUUACAGAUGUGAUGAUCAGUGAACUCCAAGACGCCAGGUGAGAAAUGGCCGUAGGUGUAGGCUGCAAAACAUAGAUAACUAUGUAAGUAGAGUUCUGAGGUGGAGGGAUUUGAGGAAGACAAGUAACUCGGGAAUGUAGAUGUUAUGGAAGAUUGCAGAAAAUAAUGGUACAGAUGAAAGACUAAAAAUUAAACUCAAAUUUGUCCAACAUAUGUAGAACAGAUACCUGUAAGAUGUAGGACAAGUGAGUGAUCUUGUCAUACCACACCUUUAGUGUUGUGAUUAGUUUAAAACAUGAUCAAGAGUUCAGUGCUGCCGUACUGUCAGGUGGUUGAGCUGGAAGGAAAUCAGUUUGGGAUAUGGUGUUUCCAAUGUGUCCUUAUUGCUGUUUAUCAAUUAGGAAGGAAUAGAGGCUCUAAAUUGACUGUUACUUUAAAUGGAAACUAGGACAUAGAUUUACAGGAUUUAAAAUAUUUUUAGUAAGGCAGGGUUUAGGAUUCUUUCAGGUGGAAUAACUGACACACUGAACAAA